AUGGCUACUACACGCGAACUGCCCAAGCGGAGGAAUGCCCUUGUUUCGGAAGACAGCGCGCCGCCGUACGAGAUCCUCGUCGAGCGGCGCUGUCUGGGCCAGACGGAGCUCCGAGUGAAGCCAGGCCAAGUCGGGCUCACCAAUGCGACCAAGGCGGAUCACCUGGGCACCCUCGACUACGCGCAUCUACGCGUACCACUGCCCCGCGACCUGACUGGCAGUGGCAUCUUCACCAAGAGUCGGGGCACGAAGUGGCCGGAGGCGUACUUCCUCAUGCGCCGCUCGAGCGACGGCUUCGUCAGCGCUACUGGCAUGUUCAAAGCCGCGUUUCCAUUCGCGCAACACGAUGAAGAAAUGGAGGAGAAAGAGUACAUCAAGUCUCUUGGCAAGGCGGCAAGUGAAGAAGUUGCCGGCAAUGUUUGGAUCCACCCAGACCAAGCUCUCGACCUAGCCGACGAAUACGGCAUCCGCCUGUGGGUAGAAGCACUGCUCGACCCCGAGCCGAUCACGCACGGCACAAGCCCUGGGAAAGACAUCCAGUCGCCACCAGCUUACCGCGUCAGCGACAUGACGAACGGCGACACUAAGUCGCCAGAGAAGAAGUCGAGCGCGGCAGAAGGAAGGAAAUCAACGCGCGGCCGACGAAGCGCGAGCGUGCUCUCAGAGGACGCAGAUGCGCUCGCGAAGACACCCAGCCGGCCGAAAGCGACUCCGCGCAAGCCCAGGGGCGGCAAAGGGGGCCGGGGCACGCUCUCAAAGGUCGACGAAGACGAAAUUGCGCCAGUCAACGGCGCUGACGCAGCAGAGUCGAAAGAAUCUGUGCGCGAGACUGUCAAGGUACAGGUAGAAACAACGGUCGACCCAGAAGACGACGAAGUAGAACACACGAAGGUGAACGUCGAGCUACCGAUCGGGCAUCCCGAUAUGCCACUUCCCGAUGACCCUCUGGAGAUGGUCGAGCAAGCGCGACGGAUAGUCGAGGAUGCACAGAAACUCAAUGGCGUGUCUACCGGGAAGGGCAAACGGAAGGCGGCGGAAAUGACGGAUGCGGACGAUGAGAGCGAGCGGCCUUUGCCGCCUAAGAGGGCGCGGAUGAUUGAGAUUGAGCUGCGGAAGGAGAGGAUUGCGAGGAGGGCGCUUACGGGGAUUGCUGGGUUGCUUGCUAUUGGGUGA